GCCCCGCUGAGCCCGCACCAGAGGCCACUCUGGCGAAGGGCCACUCUUGCGCGUAGUCGAGGGCAGAAGGGCGGAGAUCGCGAGCUACGCGGGCCAUUUCGGGGCCUCCAGUCCCUCAUCGCGCGCCCUGGCUGGCGGCGGGCCGGCUGGCCUGGGCGAACCCGAUGCAGUACGUCGGCACGAGCAGCGCCACGAGCGUGAGAGGGCUGUGCGUCCUGCCCGGCUGGGCGCAGCUCGACGCCACCUCGACUGCAACCAUCGCGAGAAGGAGCACGACCAUCCGCAAGUGGGGGCCCAGCUCGACGCUCCGCACCGACGAAAUCUUGUCUGACAGCGCUGACAUCGAGCAGUGCGCCAGCAUGGCGUGCGGGACCCUGUCACGCAGCAGAGGCGUGGGCCGCGGGGCCGAGGAGUGUGCUCCCGGCACCUGCUGCCUGAGCUGGCACCCGAAACUGGCCCGAGCCAGAACAAUUUGAACCAGAAUGGCU